CCCUGGAUGUAAACACCACCUAAUAUCACUCCCCACCAGGCCACCCGGCUUCUUCGUGUUGCUCACUGCAAGCCCUAGUUAAGCAUUUCUUACCACAGAAAGCGCUGGCAGAUCGAACUAGCUAGUCCUCUCUCCGAUCCACUCGUCAGGAUCGUCAGGCUAAUUCUUUUGUGCGCAGUGAGCGAGUGGCGCCAGACGAAUCCAGCGAUGGGGGAUACGGUGGUGAGCAUGGCGAGGUCACUGCUCGGCGGUGCCAUCGCGGCGGCUUCUUCCGCCGCUCGCCAGGAGAUGAGCAUGCUGAUCGGUGUACAAAACGACAUCUGGUACAUAAAAGACGAGCUCAAGACUAUGCACGCAUUCCUAAGGGCCGCCGAGGUUACAAAAGAGAAAGAUGAACUGGUUAAAGUAUGGGCAGAGCAAGUGAGGGAUCUAGCAUAUGACAUUGAAGAUUGCCUUGAAGAGUUUACAAUCCAUGUGAAGCACCAAAGCCUCUCACGGCAGCUGAUGAAGCUCCGGCAUCGCCACCGAAUUGCUGUCCAGAUUCGGAGCCUCAAGCUAAGGGUCCAAGAAGUGAGCAAUCGAAACAUGCGGUAUAAUUUUAUUAAGUCUGCUCCUUCUAGAGAGAUGGAUGACUUUUCAACCAACAUGGAAAUGACUCGCUACCAAGCUGCUCACUAUGUUGAUGAAGCUAAGCUUGUUGGAUUUGAUGGGCCCAAAAAGGAGAUCCUGAAGAUGAUAUCAGGCAGUGAAGAUGUAGAAGUCCAGACAAUUUGGAUAGUUGGAGCUGGAGGUCUUGGCAAGACUACUCUUGCAAAGAAGGUUUAUGAAAGCUCAAAUAUCACAAGCAUGUUCCCAUGCCGUGCUUGGAUCACUGUAUCACAGUCUUUCGAUGUCAUGGAUUUAUUGAAGGACAUGAUCAAGCAACUCCUAGGAAAAGAGUCACUGGAUAAUCUCUUUACAAAAUAUAAAGAGGUGAAGAUAAAGGAGAACAACCUUACGGAUCACCUAAAGGAAUGGCUCAGAAAUAAAAGGUAUUUUCUUGUUCUAGAUGACUUAUGGAGCACAAAAGCAUGGGAUUGCCUCAAACCUACUUUAUGGGGAAAUAAUAGGGAAGGUAGCCGACUUGUAGUAACAACAAGAAAUAGAGACCUAGCCGAAGGCAGUUCUAGCCCACUAGUCUACCCCCUUCAAACAUUACAUAGAGAAGAUGCUACCAAAUUGUUGUUGGCAAAAACCAACAAAAGUUUAUGUGACAUAAACAAAGAUGGAAUGAAUGAAACAUUUGAAAAGAUACUAAAGAAAUGUGGAGGUCUACCACUAGCUAUCAUCACAAUUGGUGGACUUCUAGCUGCCAAAGAUGUCAAAGAGUGGGAUGGAUUAUAUGCACAAAUUCCAUCGGAACUUGAGAACAACCCAAGCUUUGAAGUAAUGAGGCAGGUGUUAGCCUUGAGUUACAAGUACUUGCCAUCUCAUCUUAAGCCAUGCUUUCUAUAUCUAAGCAUCUUUCCCGAGGAUUUUGAGAUCCAAAGGAAACGUCUAGUGUAUAGAUGGAUUGCAGAAGGUUUUAUUAGAGCUAGAGAUGGGGUAAGCAUUGUGGAUGUUGCGAUAAAAUAUUUUAAUGAUUUAAUCAACCGAAGUUUGAUGCAACCAUCAAGAGUGAAUAUGGAAGGAACUAUCAAGAGCUGUCGAGUCCACGAUAUCAUACGCGAUAUCAUGAUAUCAAUUUCUAGAGAAGAAAAAUUUGUGUGCCGGAUAGAUGAUAAAGAAACUUGUCUGAUGGAGGAAAACAUCCACCAUGUGGCCUUCUACAAUAGCAAUAGCUCAGAGAUAGCCAUGGACUUGAACCAAGUCCGGUCAUUAACAGUGUUUGGUGAGAGACAUAAAGAACUAACACCUUUGCUAUGUUCACCCCAAGUAAGGAUGUUAAGAGUCUUGGAUUUUCAAGGAGUUAGAUUUGGAAUGACACAAAAAGAGAUGGACCAUAUAUGGUCGGUGCUCCACUUGAAAUAUAUGAAUAUUCGGUGUGACUACAAUCUUCCUAACUCCAGUGGAUAUUCAAAAAUUUACAGAAUUCCAAGGUCUAUAGGGAAAUUACAAGGCUUACGAGUUUUGGACAUAUCAAAUACUUGCAUAACAUCACUGCCAACUGAGAUAUGUGAACUCCGGAGUCUCAAUAUCCUCCGUUGUACAAGAAAAGAAUACUACGAGUUCUUUGAUCCAUCUAAACCUAUACAAUGUUUAUUUGCUUUAUCGUGCAUUCCUGUAACGAUGGCUUUGGCUGAUUCAGACCAGCGUCAUGAAAUAACUGCUGAGCUACACAUGGCUUGUUCUACUCGCUGGUUUAGUACAUGCGGUGUGAGGGUACCUAUGAGAAUUGGAAACUUAAAACAGCUUCAAGAACUAGGGUAUGUGGAUAUCAGGCUAACUAGUAGCAAAGCAGUGAAAGAGCUGGGGGAGCUUAGCCAGCUAAAAAAAUUAAGGUUGCGAAUAAAUGGUGCCACACAACGAAAAUGCAAGGUGCUUCGUGAAGCCAUUGAGAAGCUCUCGUCCCUUCAAUCUCUCCGCAUAAAUGCUUUCGACGUAUCUUCAUUGAGAAAUCUCGAGUGGCUACAUUAUAUUUCCUCUCCUCCUCCCUUUUUGAAGAACCUCACUUUGGAAGGAUGUAUUAAGGAGAUUGACUGGCUUAGGGAGUUCACACACCUGGUGAAGAUUCACUUAUUCGGAAGCAAACUGAAGGAAGGUAAAACAGUACAGAUACUCGGGGAACUGCCCAACCUCAUGGUCCUGCAGCUUCGGUGGGGCGCUUAUGUUGGGGUGAAGCUAUUGUUCCGAGCAGAAGCAUUCCCAAAACUCAGGAAGCUUGAGAUUCGGUUUCUAGAGGACCUAAGAGAGAUGAGAUUUGAGGAGCGCACCUCGCCCCAAAUGGAAACAAUAGAAAUCUCUCACUGCAGGUUGGAAUCAGGGAUUAUUGGGAUUAAGCAUCUUCCGAAGCUCAAGGAGAUUUCACUCCGUUGGAACUGUGAAGUGGCAAGGCUUGGCCAGCUGCUAGAAGAGGUGAAAGCAAACCCCAAUCGUCCUGUUCUGCUAUUGUAUAACGACCCAUCCAAGCACGACUUAGGGGACACCCAAGAAGGGUCAGGUACACCAGUGGAAGCAAAUGAACCCCCGAAGAAUGUGGGCGAGAGCUCGCAAUCCAACCAAGGUGAAGAUGAUGAUGACGACCAGCAACAGCCUAUCACAUCAACAGAGAUCAUGCCUGCAGAUGCAGACCCCGCUGUCUCUAGCUGAUUAACCUCUCCUUCGUGAUGAUUAACACUACAAUCACAGCAAUGGUGAUCAAAUCUAGCGAGUGGCCAGCUCGAGUUCUGUAUUGCUUGUUGUCUCCCCCUGCCUGGUGUACCCAAGGCUUAGGUCACUGUCUCUUCUCUCACCAUGCCGCUUGUGUGGAGUUUGAGUACAACGGCGCACAGCCUGAUUGGUUUCUGAACCUCACCCUGUUGCUGAUGAUUUGCUUUCUGAGAGCCAGCAGCAAUACAAAGAGGGUUGAAAAUGCAACAAAGUGAAUAAGCCUCUUCAAUGUAUAUAUAUUCGCGGGGGAAACUAGCAUUCAAAACAGGACUUUUUUUUUGAAAGGAGGGCAAAAGCAUUCAAAACAAGAGUAUUUUCAAUUACCAGGAUCUCGAUAUCGAUGCGCUGGAGAAGUGCACUUUCAGUAGGGCACCUCCAGGUGAAUGAACAUCCCAUCCAUUGUGUGCUGUCAGCAGAAAGACCGAAGCAAGCACAAUUGCAUGGGCUGCAAGUGAUCUGGACACUGAAUUAACACUGGAAGCAGCACGCAGUCCCUUGCUGAGCUAGUAGAGAGCUAAUGACACACUUGAAGACCAAUGCUUGUCUCUGAAUUAUGAAGAAUGAAGUGAUCUUAUUGAUAACAGCUUGUGAUCGCAAAUAUUUGGGCCCGUAUUCAUCUCAAGGGCUAGUCGCACAGCCCCAAGUGCAGCAUUGCAAGUACUUUUCUUGUUGCAAGCGAGGACUACCUCACCCGAGUUUGCGUCCUCUGUGACCAACAAGAAGAAACAAUCGAUCACAUCCUAAUUAUAAUUUGCUGUCCGGAAGCACUUCAACUUUGGUGGAUCAUCCUCAUUGCAGUUGGCCAACUUCGUUGUUUUCACAAUCCUUCUUCAUCCUAUGGUGGUGUGACAACGGGAAUGAUCGUCAUCCUAAUAGCCUAGUCUAUUUUGAAGGAAAGAAACAACAGUGUUUUCAACAAUAUAAGAGCAAAUCCUGGGCAGAAGUGGCUGCCGCUGCUGCAGCAGAACUGAAGAAGCAGCAGUAAGAGGGUCAUGUCCUAGUCGCAUAUUCAUCCCGCGAGAAUUAGCCUAUCCUUUUGCCUAGCCUUUUUUGUUCCUUUUAUUUCUUUAUAUUUACAUAUUUCUUGUUGUUUGUGCGCUGAUGUACAUCACUUCCAAAUUUGGUGUCAUUCUUGUUUACAUAGUCGCAAAUUCGUACUACUGUUUUCAAUGAACUCAUCUCAAAACAGUGCUGAAGUUUGGGUGUUGGGCUCUCAUUCUUAUCUCGUUAUCAAUUCGGCCCAGCCCACGGAAAGCAAAGCGAACCGCCAUUAAAUGGGCCGCAGGAAUCUCCCGGCCGUAAAUGGUGGACCACCUCGCCGUCGCCGGCCGUCUCCCUCCUCCUCCGCCGCGUCCCAUCUCUCCCUCCGCCACCGCCAUCGCCAUCGCCGCAGUCUCGCAGUUGACCAACCACUGUAAGAAGUUUCUGCAGGAGGAUGUGUAAGGUACCCAAUUAGGCAAAUCUGUUGUUUGGAACUUCAGCUGGGUAAUUUUCUCUCCUCUGCAUCUCCUUGGGCCUUCAAGUUUUCAUAUUUCUUAAAAAUCGAGUGAUAGUAAUCAGCAGGCACAGGGUUUAAUUCCAAAAUGUAGCAAUCACAUAUGUUAUGGCUUAUGUUCCUCUUUUUAUUUUUAAUCUUUGUUGAGAUUUUAAUGAUUCAAUUGGUUGUUAUAUCACUUAAUUGUCGAUUAGUAAAACAGCAGUGACAAUUUUUCAUCAAAGAGAAGAUGACAAGAAUGAAAUGUAGUAUGAACAAGUUUAUUGGAAGCAACUGGUCAACUUCCCUUCCCUAAAGUUAUUAAAGUGGAAACAAUGAGACCACAACUUUGUCAUAUUCUUUUAAGAACUCCAGGAGCAUAAGAAUGGAUCAGGAAUUAUUUUGAUAUUUUAUUUGCUUCUCUUUUUCACUUAUCUUCUGCCAUUUGAUGGUUUAAAGUACAGUUACCAGUAUGGUAAAUAUUAUUUCUUUUCAGAAAUAACUGAGCGGUGAUUAUGUAUUGCUUUAAUUUCAUCUGUCUUGUGCCUUCUGACUGGUUCUAUUUGUGCUUUACGUCAUUCACCUGAAUGAGACUAGACCAUUUUUUAGUUUAUCUUUUCUAUGAAGGAUUUACCCAUUUAGGUUAUAGACUACUACAUUGAAAUGAUUUGACUUCUCAGCAUUAUUGUCAUGACCAGAGUUUUCAUAAUAAACUGAUGAACACUAGAGAUGUUUCCAAGAAGUGGGUUUAAUGAGAUCUUAGCUGUUUCAUGCCUGAUGCUGUAGUUUUAAGCUAAUAUAAUUAAAAUCUAGUAUCCUGUUGUAAUUGCCCCCUAUAUAUAAUAGCCCACGUCAAUACCAAGGAGCCAAUGAGUUUUCUGAUUUUAUAAUUUAACUGCAAGGAAUCAAACUGUACUUAGGUCUUACGCGAUGUAACGAAAAGGGGAAUAAAUAAGUGCCUGUUUUUGGCAUGCAUAAUUCAAAGCUUGAUGAAAGCAUUGACCUGCAUAGCUAUAAUAAUUGUUACGUGGUUGUCCAAACUACUGCUACAGGCUGCUGUUUCAAGUUAUUCUCAAUUCAAUUUUCAUAUGGGCUGCUAUUUCAAUUGGUCUUUCCUGACUGUGGAAAAAAUGAAAUAAUGUAGAGAUGACAUUGGGCCAGCGCCUUGUAGAGAUGACAUAAUCUGAGCAAUGUAAUGUUCAGAAGUUAAAUGUUUCUAGUAGGUCUAGUUUGAUGGAUCACACCGAGUCUAGCUUGAUGGGUCACACUGAGUCUAGUUUGACAUAUUUAAGAUACAAUUGUUGUGGCUACAGUUGCCUUUUGCAUUCCUCCUCAAUUUACUGGAUACAUCCUAAACCAGAUUUGGAUGCUAUUCCAUUACAUCUCUAAGUUAAACCCAAGUUCGAUAUCUCUUAUGCUACUCCAUUUGCAGAAAGUAUAUUAUUGAAUUUUCUGUGCAUCUACAACUUGUAAGUCUCGAGCAAUUUGCUUUGUUAUUGCUGAAUGCAUUAUGUCGUUGCAUACUUGAAAAACUGAGAAUUGCACAUUCAAAUAUCUAGAUAUAACUUGCAUUUAUCAAUAGUUGUUUGAUAUGCUAAAAUCCUGGCAGGUGCCUGCCAGUUGCUGCCAUUGGAAAAUUUUCCCUGGUAGGCCGAAGUAGCUAUGGUGCUGAUGAUGAGGGCAUGACUUCAGAGGAAACUGGUCGAAAAGAAAAUCUGAUUGCACGUGCAUAUUCAGUCAACUAUCUCAUGUUCAGCAUGAUGGAGGCAGUUACGAGUUUCAGAACUCAUGACCUAUCUGUUGUACAUUUGUUGACAUUUGCAUUAAACAAUACCGUAUGAAGUUAGUACCAUUUAAAUCAAGCAGAGACAGAAACCCAAAUUGGAUCUGAAAAGGAGUCCAUGUUGGGUGGUAGGGGGUGACCCACCCCUUUCAACCCAAAUGAUAUGAGCCUACUUCAAAUUAAGUAAAAGGUACUUUACCGGAGUCCUGUUUAUCCAAUUGUUACGUUUACGCAAAAGCGUUGAAUUUAUAUGUUUCUAAACUGUGUCUAUGUCCUAGUCAGCCAGAAACCAGCAGUUAGAUAUUCCCCUUUAUUUUACCAGCUACAGGAUAGGUGUUCUUUGGUCAUAUUUGCUCGUCUACUUUACUCAUGUCCAUGAUCAACUGUUUGUAUGAGAUAAUCCUAUUUAAAGGGCAACUUGAUUAACUUGGACAAGAUCCAUAGCUACGUUUUGUUUCUAAAUAAUGAACUGACUUAUUGCUCUC